AAAUAAUUUCACGACUGCAAUAUUGUGAUAGACCUAAUUGAGUCGAGGAGUCGAUUCCAUCAACUCCUACGGCAGGAGUCGGAGUCGACUCUGAAACAGCUGAUCGAACACCUCAUUCGCGGGAAUGACUGCAGGAAAAUGGCGGAGGGGGAUCUGAACGUGGACAGCAUCAUCUCCAGACUGCUGGAAGUGCGAGGAUGUCGUCCUGGGAAGGUGGUGCAGAUGACGGAGGCGGAGGUGCGAGGGCUGUGCAUCAAAUCCCGUGAGAUCUUCCUCAGUCAGCCCAUCCUGCUGGAGCUGGAGGCGCCGCUCAAGAUCUGCGGUGACAUCCACGGUCAGUACACAGACCUGCUGCGGCUCUUCGAGUACGGCGGUUUCCCUCCGGAAGCCAACUAUCUGUUCCUGGGAGACUAUGUGGACCGAGGGAAGCAGUCGCUGGAGACCAUCUGCCUCCUGCUUGCGUACAAGAUCAAAUACCCCGAGAACUUCUUCCUGCUCCGCGGAAACCACGAAUGUGCCUCCAUCAACCGCAUCUAUGGGUUUUAUGACGAGUGUAAGCGCAGGUUUAAUAUCAAACUUUGGAAGACUUUUACCGACUGCUUCAACUGUCUGCCCAUCGCCGCCAUUAUCGACGAGAAGAUCUUUUGCUGUCAUGGAGGCCUCUCUCCAGACCUGCAGUCCAUGGAGCAGAUCCGGCGCAUCAUGAGGCCGACUGACGUGCCCGACACAGGCCUGCUGUGUGACCUGCUGUGGUCAGACCCGGAUAAAGACGUCCAGGGCUGGGGUGAGAACGACAGGGGCGUGUCCUUCACGUUUGGAGCCGACGUGGUCAGCAAGUUCCUCAACCGUCAUGACCUGGACCUCAUCUGCAGAGCUCACCAGGUGGUUGAAGACGGAUAUGAGUUCUUUGCUAAGCGGCAGCUAGUGACGCUGUUCUCGGCACCCAACUACUGCGGCGAGUUUGAUAACGCUGGCGGCAUGAUGAGUGUGGAUGAGUCCCUCAUGUGCUCUUUCCAGAUCCUGAAGCCCUCUGAGAAGAAGGCGAAGUACCAGUAUGGAGGGGUGAGUUCAGGGCGGCCCGUCACCCCGCCGCGCACAGCUCCGGCCCCUAAGAAGAGGUGAGGCGUGGGACGUCCUCCCAGAAGCCCCUGCACACGUCCAGCUGUUCUCUCUCUCACACACACAUUGUCGCCGCUCGUCGCUCUUGAUUUGCUUGUUUUGUAGGCGUUUCUGUUAAUUAUUGAUAUUAUCUGGCUGUGUGUUUUCCAGUACUUUCAUAUAUUGCACAAUCUGGACUGUGCUUCAGAGACAAAUAUGACGUGUGUGUGUGUCUGGAGAUUGUGAGGGGUGUGAAUGUUACCUGUUUCCUGUACAUAUCCUUUCAUCGGAGGCACACUGGGACAUUCCCACCUGAAGUCACUUUUAUUCUUGAACAACAGUGUUGUGUCGCCCAUCAGGCAGAUCUCAUCAGACUUUCUGCUAAUAAUUAAAAUGAAUAUAACCGCAGCGAAAUAAUUUACACACUUUACACUUGUGUGAAUGUGAUUCAUCAGAUCGAGUGUCUGUAUCUGCAGGAUCUUCACUUACAUCACAUUUCUUCAUGAUGUUUGAAGAGUCAGCUGGUGUUUUGGUGUUUUUAGUGGAUGUAUGAAGUCAGUUCUGCUCAAGUUCACUCAGAUGUAGAGAAUCACAAUAACACAAUAACAACAACAUCAUCCACUAACUAACCACAAACACACUCACAACACUGUCCACAUCUAUUGAUUUAGCAGUUCAAACACAACACACAUUGUACAGUGUGUCUUUAUUUCCUGUCAGUGACACUGGCUUUAAUAUUUUGUAUCUAAUGUAACAACGUUCAUGAAUUUUUGGUUCACUUUUGGCACAAAAGCUCAGUAGUGUACAUUAAACACUACAGACUGAUUCAGUUGAAAUUGUUGGCAUGAUAAACCGUGUAUUUGAUCUGUUUUGCUGUGUAAUCCUGUGUGUGUUCAGAGUGUGUGAGGGUCAAACUGGACUCUGUGACAGCAGUAAUAUCUGUUAUUCUAUAGGAGUGUUUCCUGCAGUCUGCCUUCGGUUUGGGUUUAAGAGUCAUUGUCUGAUGUGCUCUCAGUUAUAAACGCCCUUUCUGCAAACUGAUACUAACCGUUUGCGAUCCACAUUAACUUGACAUGCUUCUGAAAGUAUUUUGUGUUAAAGCUUCUUUAAGGCUUUUAUUAGACUUUAUAGUGAAGUAAUAUUUACCUACAAUUUCAUGCAAACUCAAAGACAGCAAAUAUUUUUGACAUUUUCAAAAUGAGUUUUGAGAUUUGUUUCAAAUUCUUUUAACUCUUUCCCCGCCAGCGUGUUUUAAAAAAGUUGCCAGCUAGCACCAGCGUUUUUGAUCAUUUUCACAACACCCCAGAAUAUUUUGUCGCAUGAACAUGUAGUAUAUCAAAAGAAAGAACAGAGCAUCUGCUUUUAAAUAAAACGUUUUAUUCUAGCAUCAUGGAUUCUUUUUUAUCAACAAUGUAGUUGUUUAAUAAAAAGCAACAUAUUGAACAAAAAGCUGAGAAAAUGACUUUUUUUCAGUGUGCAUAAGCGAUGCUUUUAUCUCGUUUCUGCUUCUUCACCUGUGUUUUGAUCCAGAGAUUCAGAACUCUUUCAGAAAAUGCGUAAUAGCACCCCCUACUGUAUAACAGUGAACACACGGAAAGCUGGAAAAUUCCGUCAAUGGCGGGGAAAGAGUUAAUUGUAAUAAAUGGUAUUGUGCUGUUGAUUCUGUGAAGAGGACUGGAGAGCCGUCCGUCUCACUGGUACUUGCUUAGAUUUUAAUUUGAGCAAAUUAGAUGGAAACGGUCUUAAGAAAUGACCUGUGAAUAUUUUAUUGCAUCUUUUAACAAUUAUUUCAGUGACAAAUUUGCCACAGCAAGUGGCAGGGAAGCCAAAAAUUUUGUGGUGACAUUCCUGGUAUCUCAAAACAAAACUUAAAAAAAAUAAAACCAUGAAGUGUUUUGACA